AUGGCGACUGUUGUACUCGGUGCUCAAUGGUCUAGGGAGACGAGGGAAAGGCAUACAAUUGUGGCGGAUGGAGUGACAUAUGUCGUUCUUGAUCUCCACCAGAAAUUGGACGGACUCGAAGAGGCUGAACUUGGUGGUGGUAAAAUCGGUACCACUGGUAAAGGAAUUGGCCCUUGCUAUUCGACUAAAAUGGCCAGAAGUGGUGUCAGAAUCGCCGACAUCUUCCGAGAGAGUUACUUCGAGGAGAAGGUUCGAAACAUGGCAGCUGGUGCCAAGAAGAGAUUCGGGGACUUGUUGCAGUAUGAUGUCGAGGAAGAGCUUACCAGAUUCAAGACUUACAGAGCUGAACUAGCGAGUAUGGUUGUUGACCAACUGCCACUACUCGUCUCUGCACAGCAAUCGAACGCGCCUAUGCUAAUUGAGGGCGCAAAUGCUAUUAUGUUGGACAUUGAUGCUGGUACAUAUCCUUUUGUAACAAGUUCAAAUACAGGUCUUGGUGGUGUGUUUACUGGUCUCAGCGGCUUGAACCCAUUUAAAGUCAAGAACGUUUACGGAGUAGUGAAAGCCUAUACUACACGUGUUGGUGGUGGUCCAUUCCCAACAGAAGAUCUGGGAGAGGUCGGUAACACAUUGCAAGAAGUCGGCAGAGAGUUUGGUGUGACGACUGGUCGUCGGAGAAGAUGCGGAUGGUUGGAUCUAGUGGUCGUCAAAUACUCGACAGCUAUCAACAAUUACACCGCCAUCAAUCUCACGAAACUCGACAUUCUUGAUUCUUUCUCAGAAAUUAAGGUUGCCGUCGCAUAUCGCGAUCCCGCAACAGGCGAGAGAUUAGAAUCAUUCCCUGCCGAUCUCGAAAGAUUGGAGACACUCGAGCCAGAGUAUGUUACCCUGCCAGGCUGGAACAAACCCACUACUGGUUGUCAUAGCUACUACGAUCUUCCAGCUGCAUGUCGCAAUUACUGCGAGUUCAUUGAGAAGGACGUUGGCGUUCCGAUUAAGUUCAUUGGCAUUGGCCCUUCGAGGGAUGAUAUGAUCACGAAGUAG